AUGCCAGCCGUUGGUAUGCUGUCAAGAGCUCUCCCAGUCCUGGACACUGAAGAAGAGCAGCGCGUAUCGAAACUUUUGGAUGAAAUCCGAUCAAAGAUAAAAAAGAACCGCAUAACUACCUGCGGUUAUUUCCGGGAUUUCGAUUGGGGAACUGGCGUAACGCAGAUAAUAAGCGCCUCACAGUUCGCUCGCGUGCUACAUUUCCUUGGACUGACUGUCGGCACUGAAGAUUGCAAACGACUUUGUCGAAAAUUUGCAGACCCCACCACCGGUGAAGUGAAUUAUCCUGCGUUCUGUCAAGCUGUAGAUGAUGGAUUUAUCGCGCAACGUUGUCCAAGUGCAAAAGAAAACGAUCCAAACGUUUUGUCCCCUGUUGAGGACCAAGCCCCACCAGAUAUUGGGGACAGCAAAUGUGGAAAGAGGACUACUCGACGUGAUUGGUUGACAAACUGUGAGUAUUCGUUAAGGACGGCUGGUGACCAGUUACCUUUGGAGGCAUUGCUAGAUCGAAUUCGGCAUAUUGUCCUAACAAAUCGUCUUCAGUUAAAGCCAUGGUUUAACGAUUUCGACAAACUUCGGUGCGGCUUUGUCACUCGGUCCCAGUUUGCUCGUUGUCUGUCUUCUUCGGGGAUUUCUCGGCAACAUCUUCAUGACUUGACGCCAAGUCAACUUGAUGUUUUGUCUGAACACUACUCCUCACCCAGUGAUCCACAUAUGGUAAAUUGGGUGAAAUUUGUUGAGGACAUCGAUUCAGUGUUCACUCUACCGCAACUGGAAAAGCAUCCGUUGGUUCGGGUGAUGCCACAAGAAACGUUUGUUCAACCGAAACCAGGCACAGCGGAUUGGAGCAGUGCUACGGAAGAGAUGCUUGAACACUAUGAGAGUAGCAUGGCAACACUGCGACGCAAAGUUCAGGAAAGGCGGAUGCUUCUACUACCGGAUUUUGUUGCAUUUGAUAAAUUUCAUCGCGGAUACGUGUCGCCGAACAACUUUCGCCAGUUGGUCACCAUGUUUGAUUUCACUCUGAGUCCCGCGGGAAUCGAUGCGAUACUGGCUCGCCAUUCGAACGACCACGGCUUCGACUAUAGAGGUUUUCUGGCAGAGUUGGAUCCCCCUCCACAAGAAGAGUUGGAAUAUCGUUAUCUGAAACGACUCGAAGAGCUUCAGCAAACGAAUAUACGGGGCAAACAACGCCGGGAGAUGGAGCCAGUCAUCUGGGAUUCAGAAGGUGUUCUGGACAAGAUAAAGGCAGAGGUUUAUCGCAGGCGCAUUCGCCUUUCUGACUGGUUUCGUGAUCACGACAAUCUGAAUCAUGGUUACAUGCCACGAACAACGUUUAGACGUUGUAUUGGAGUUCUGCCGCUGACGGUAGGCGAAACUGAGAUGAGCUCGAUUGAAGACAGGUUCGGCGGACCGAAACCAGGAACCAUAGACUGGCGUCGAUUCUGCGCAGAGAUCGAACGUAUUUUCCAGACUCCUUCCCUUGAGACGAAUCCACAGUUAGAGCCGGACACUUACGUUCCAGACUCUACCGUUGCACAGAACAUUCUCAGCGUAGAUGUUGCGAAAGCUGCUGACAGUGCAUUGGUCAAGAUUGCUGACAGAGUGCGGCAAAGGCGAUUACAACUGCUACCACUAUUCCACGAUUUCGACGAAACCCACCGACUGACUGUUAGUCAUAGUCAGUUCCGACGUGUACUCAGGACGCUGGAUUUGACGGACACGUUGACCGAGUGGGAAUGGUCAUGCCUAUAUCGCAAAUAUCGGCACCGAUUGGGCGUCGUGGACAAUAUAAACUAUCAGGCGUUUAUUGACGAUGUCUACACUCUGGCUGGUAUGGAUCCGCGAAUUCCUUGAAAACUGUAACAUGCGUUUUCGAGAGAUUUCAGUUCAUCUGAGUGGUGCAACGAUAGGCUUCAUUCUUCUUGCUGCUAUGAAUUCUUCAUGGCUAGGAAAAUAAAAUGAGCAUCAUAUUCUCUUUUAACCUGUAUUCUAGGUUCAUCUACUGGGACGAUAAAAUUCCCUACCUUACGUCAACUUUUUCCGCAAUUAAACUGCAACCCUAAACAAGAAAAGUGUUUUAGUACUGGAAUUUUUUCAAAAUAUACACUGUAUGCGUGUAGGA